AGAAAGUGACUGUUCAUCUCGCCUGAUUUUGAAGUUUCUUAAUGUCCUUUUGUCCAAACCUCUUGUUGAUGUCCAAUGCAAUCUGAGAUUUGUGUCCUGAGAUAUGAUGGAUAAUCAGAUGUUCAAUGUCCCCACGGAUGCGACCGCCCGAAAUGCUGCUGUGGAAGAUGGGAUUGGACCACAUAACACCAUGAACUCUUUUGUUCAGUCGUAUAACCUCAACGACCAAAAUCAUUUCAUUUCUGUACUGCCUAUGCUUCCAGCCAUUGAUGGGAAUUCUGUCCUUGGAUGCCAUUCUGAUUAUCUUCGUGACACAAAUAGUGCUGAAUCAUAUGCAUUUGAUACAUCUCAAAGAAGGAACAAUCUGAGGGAACCCUCAUUUGGUAGUUCAAGUUUCUAUGAUCAUUCUGUGUUUCAUGGAAUACCAAACACUGCUGCUUCUUUUUCUACCCUUUUCCCUGCAAGUUGUAAUCUUCAAGAAGAUCUCAACAACUUGGCAAUCUCAGCAACUCCCCUGCAUUCUUCGGAAAUUUAUGUUUCAAAUGCCUGCCCUGGCAUACCAUUGUCUUUGUUGGAAACCAACGUAAAUUAUGGAUAUGAUGAAAUACUUGGUAGCAUAAAUAGUCAACAAUGGGAGCUCAACAAGUAUGCGGCAGCUCCGUCUGAACCUGGAGAGAAAUCUUCAGUAGGAACAACAGGGGUUCAAUCAUAUUCACCGUCUUUAGGAAGUCUGGAUCCAAAUGGAUGGUCAUCAUCAAAUGGAGCUAGUUAUGAGAUGACAUAUCCUUCUUACAGUUCCACUAAGUCAAGCAACGAUCUUGCUUUAACUCUUGCUACAUCGAGGCCUUUAAAUGGGAUGAAUAUCCGGGAUCAGUGUUCAGACAUCGAUUGUUCUGGGACUGUUCAGCCUUGUCUGAAUCAAACAAGGUUUGGAUCAGAUCAGCAGGCUUCUUGCAGUAGUGAGGAGCCUUCUCCAAGUUUUGGCUCUAGCAAACCACCCCGAUUAUCCCAAAUAAUAUGUGGAUCAAGAUACUUUCAUGUGAUUCAAGAAAUACUUACCCAGAUUGCAAGCUAUUCACUAGAAAAUCUAGACCGGUCAAGUUUUUCAUCUGUGGGGUUCAAUGCUGCUUCAGAUAGUAGAUUUGAAGUGAAAAACGAGCCUGCACUGCAAAGACGAGAAAUCGAAACAAAGAAAGCCAGUCUUCUGGCCUUAUUGCAAAUGCUUGAUGACUGCUACAACCAAUGUGUGGAUGAGAUUCAUACAGUUGUAUCGGCAUUCCAUGCUGCUACAGAUACAGAUCCUUCUAUACAUGCUCGUUUUGCUCUUAAAACGAUCUCCAUGUUUUACAAAAGUCUGAGGGAAAGAAUUAGCACCUAUUGCCUUUCAAUGAGUGAACAAUUCAACCCUGAAAGUCCCAGUGAGAGUGAAACCCCUUUUGAUGAAAUCCAAAAGCAGUUGGCUCUUCAGCAUAUGAAAAAAAAAGAACAUCAAAUCUGGAGACCACAGAGAGGCUUGCCGGAAAAAUCUGUCUCAGUUUUGAGGGCUUGGAUGUUUCAAAACUUCCUUCAUCCGUACCCAAAAGAUGCAGAAAAGCAUCUCCUUGCAGUAAAAAGUGGAUUAACAAGAAGCCAGGUAUCGAAUUGGUUCAUAAAUGCUAGGGUUCGGCUAUGGAAACCUAUGAUUGAGGAGAUGUACGCGGAUAUGAACAGAAGAAAGGCUAGGCAAAAUGAGAACACUGAGAGAUCUCACAGAAGCCUUCACCACAUAGGCAUCAACGGUAAAAAAUUUCAUGUGAACUGAAGGUUUUGGAGGGUACAUAAAAGACGGAAAUGUGCAUUUGUGGAUGAUUCUGUGGGAAAAAGAAUACGCUCCCAUCCACAACAUUGUUACAAUUAAGCUGUAUAUAGUCCUCUCAUCUGUUGAAGCUUAAAAAUUGAGUACCUCUCUGCAACUACCAAUGCAU